UUUGCGGGCUGUUCGGUCCCAAAGUGUGUUUUUAUUAUGUGAAGGGAUUGGCCAAAAUGCCAAAGCCAAUUUGCAAGAAAAACGGAGGGUUACUUAAAAGAGCGAGGAAGCUUAUAGGAGACCCGUUAGAUUCAAAAUGCUUUGUUUUCUAUGCCCCCAGGAGACCGUUAUGUUGUCUUUGCCACCGAAUGUGCUGAGGGAAUUCUCCAACCCUGUGUUUGAGGAGGACAGUGAGACGCUGACCCAGAACCAGCUGGAAGAGGAGAAGGGCAGUGAUGUUAAACUCGCCGCCAAUGGAUUUGCUCAGCAAGUGCGAGAGGCAGCCAGCAAGAAAUUCCAGCCAGACUGCAAAUUUUCCUGGCUUUGUGUGACCGUCCUGAGCCUUCUGCUCCUCCUCCUCCUGGCCUUGCUUGUGGGCAUCCUGGUCACCUACCAGCUAAAGCCCCCUCCUCAAAGCAAGCCCACCCUUGGGCACAACAUCGCCAACGCCACCUUUGCUUCGGUCAGGAGGACUUCUUGGGACCCCAUCUCCACCACUGCUCCAUCUCAGCAAGAGCUGCAGGAAACCACAAAACCAGGGCCCGUGUGUGGAGGUGAACUUGGAGGCCGCGAGGGCACCUUCAGCUCUCCCAACUACCCCGAUCCCUACCCACCUAACGUCCUCUGCCACUGGCACAUCCAAGUGAAGUUGGGGAUGGUGAUUCAGCUGAAAAUAGAAACCUUGGAUGUGGAGGCCUCGGAUCUGUGCUUCUAUGACCGGCUGGAGAUCUACGAGGAGUCAGAUAGUCUCUCCCUUUGGGAUGGGAGUACCAGGUACUGUGGCACUGUAGCCCCAGCGACUAUCAACACCAACUCUAACCAGAUAAAAGUUGGUUUUGUGUCCGAUGAUAAUAUUGCUCCUUCGGGGUUCACGGCCAGGUACCGGGCCAUCCUCCCCAGUGAAAAGAACUGCUCCUGGGACGAAUUCUUCUGUGACCAGGGGCUUUGCCUCCUGCCCGCCUUUGUGUGCGAUGGUCACCAGGACUGCCUGGACAAUAGAGAUGAAGCCAAUUGUAGCGCCAAGCGUACAGGUUGUGGUGGGACCUUGACCAGCUUGGAGGGACAGUUCUUCUCCCCAAACUACCCCAAACCAUAUCCACAUCUACAGAUUUGCCUCUGGCACAUCUCCGUGCCCCUGGACCACGUGAUCCAACUGCAAUUCUACAACUUCAGCCUCGAGUCCCACGAAGACUGCAAUUUUGACUUUGUGGAAGUGUACGACAGUGCUGCCAUGGGGGCCAGCAGCCUCAUGGGUCGGUUCUGCAACUCCAAUCCACCUCCUGUGUUGAUGUCAUCCCAACAUGUCAUGACUGUCCUGUUUGUGGCUGACGAGGAGAUUGUGGACGAUGGGUUCUUUGCUAUCUACCGUGCCCACAACCUGAGUGAAAAAACAUGUGGACCUCUAGAAUUUGUCUGUGGAAAUGGCGAGUGUGUGGCCCAGGAGUUUGUGUGUGACAGCUGGAGGAACUGUCCGGAUGGAAGUGAUGAAGUUAACUGUACCAGCAUUUCUUCCACAUCAGUGGCAGAGGCUUCCUGUGAACCCAUAAAGAUAGAAAUGUGCCAAGGUCUCAGCUACAAUUCCACCUCCUUCCCCAACAUCUGGCUGAUGAUCCCCCAUCAACAGAGUGCUGAGGAGCUGCUUCAAGACUACAUGGUGCUGCGGGACCUCAGGUGCUACCCUUACCUGCGUUUGCUGAUCUGCGGCCUCUUUGUCCCCAAGUGCAUUCCGGAAGGGGGCACCUUGCAGCCCUGCCGCUCUGUGUGUCUGGGGGCGGAGGAGCACUGCCGAAAGCCCCUGGCCCGCUUGGACAUCCUCUGGCCUUUGAACUGCAGCAUUCUGCCUGACUCCACCAACCCUCUGGAGUGCUUCUUGCCUUGAGGGCCUCCACCCACCCAGUGCCCAGACCAGAAGGAAGGAGGGAGGGAGGACCAGUUGGAGGCAACCGGAAAUCUCAGUCCAAAAGAUCCUUUGAUCUGUUCAUCUCUCAGCAAGCCGUUACCGGUUGUGCCCUGAAAAAUAUAUCCGGGGAAUCGCUCCCAAAGUCUCCUCCGUUGACUCUCCUUCUGGGCCCUCCUUCUGUCUCUAUCGAAUUAAAGAUUGCAGACAGAUCGAGGAUCUCUCUGUCCUAGCAUCCUAGAUUGUGGAGUUGGAAGGGAUCUCAAAGGUCAUCCAACUGAACUUCCACUUAAGUCAUCUCCGACAGAUCGUCCGUCCAUCUUCUGAAGAUCUGUGAGCUGUGGAGAACCCAACACUUCGUGGGCCCAGCCUUUUCCAUUAGCUGAGGGUGAUGCAAUCGGAAAGUCCCUCUGGGUCUCAACUCCCGCUGAUUCUGCAGGCAUUAUCUGUGACAUGUAGUUGGCGAAACCGAGAAUCUUCUAGGAGGGUUCUUCCAUCUUCCCAGCCUCGCUUGAAGCCCGAUGUCCAACGAUGGGCUGAGUUUGACUCUGCUUAGCUCUUUCCAAGCCAGAGAGCCUCCCUCUGAAGAGGCUUCCACUUCGAUUGCGCUUUAUAAACCCACUUAAACGUAAUAAUAAUAAAAUAAGAAUAAUUAAAACGUCACAGGGUCUUCUGGCAUCGGGAAAUCAAUCCUUAGCGCAGGGGGUGUCAACCCUCGGGAGGGCUCCCUUUUGACCGGCAGAGGGUUGCAGGAGGCUGUGGCAGCCGAAAACGGAGCUCAGGAGCCUGUUUUCACUUACAGAAGCAUCGCAGGCCGGUCCUUCGCUGUUUCCAGGGCGGCCCUGUGGGCCAUAUCUAACUACCGCACAGGCCGGAUCCAGCCCCCGGGCCUUGAGUUUGACACCCCUGCCUUAGCGGAUCCCUUUAAAACCCAGUUUAAAAACUAAACACCCAACAAAAAACUUGUUAUUUGAAGGAAAGCCGAAUCUGUACAGCCUCUGCAGAAUCGAGCCCAAAGGAACCACAUUUGCUUCCUUUUGCAAAAAAAAAAAAAAAAUAUUUCCCCAUGUCAAGAGAGCUUCUCGUCUCCUUCCUGGUCAAUGGGUGGGAUGGUUCCUGCUUGAACUGACUUACCCCCGUCUGGUGUGUCUCCUCUGAUCUCAGCAGAAGAACAACACACACCCAUCUGGGAAGCACACACAGAUACACACACUCCACAGCAGGGAGGGGUUUCAUGGAGACGGCUGGCGCAGAGCAGCGUCUGCAAUGGUUAGCUAGCGGGUGACCUCAUCCAGAUGUGAUGGAAAACACGCAGAACUUCUCCUGAUUGCCACAUGUGGCUGAAUUCUUUUU